AUGAAUGAAAUAAAAUCUGAAAAUAUAUUGCAGACAAGGUCAUUCAAGUUAGGUAUUGAGGAGAUUCAAAAUUUAGGGUCGUCUUAUCUUAUAGAAAACAAUGAAAAACUGGAAAAAUACAAUAACGAAAUCAGUUCAUUGAAAAAAGAACUGGACACUUUAAAUGAAAAAAUGGGGAAAUGUACUACAACGACGAAGAUUGUCGAACCAGCCAAAACUCCUGAAUUUACAUUCUGGUAUUAUGAACUUAAAGAAAUGAAAGGAUUUCAGGAUCUGGUUAUGUAUGAAGUAAAGAAGAAGAAAAAACACUUCAAAGUUUUGAGCCACAGUUGCCUAAAAUAUUUAAGUAAUCGAGAAAAGAUGAAAAUAAAAAAGCAAGAAGAAGAAGAGAAAAGGUUAAAAUUAUAUUCAAAGAAUAUAUCAUCUUAUAUGGAUGUUUUUUGGAAGAAAAUAGAAAAAUUAGUAUGGGAAGAAAAAAAGAGAGAAUUACAACAAACAUUAAAUAAAAAAAAAGAAAUGAGGUUUAAAAAGUUUGUAAAAGAAGCCAUUAAAAAAAUAAAAGAUGCUAGGCAUAAUAAUGCUCAUGAAUUAUUUGAAAAUAAAUAUGUUAGCAUGAGUUCAAAUAAUAAUAGUGAAAUUGUUAAUAAUAAUUCGUCAUCAAUUGAUAAUGGCGAUAAAGAAUUAAAAGAAGAUGAUCUCACGGAUCAAGAAGAAGAAGAUUAUCUCUUGGAUGAACAAAUGAGCUCAACAGGUGAAUCUGAAAACAAAGAAGAAGAAAUUAAUAUGUUAGACGAUGAAGCAAACUUACCAAUUGAAGAAUUAUUGAAAAGAAUGUAUGGUUUUAAAAAUGGAGAGGAUUAUAUAGAUUUUAUUGAAAAUGAAGACGACAUAAAUGAAGAGAAUGUAAAUGAAACGAGUCAUAAUGAUGAAAAAAGUGGAAACAAUAGCAUUGAUGAGAAUGAAACGAGUCAUAAUGAUGAAAAAAGUGGAAACAAUAUCAUUGAUGAUAAUGAAAAUAAUAAUGAGAACAAAAGUGAUGGAAAUCAAUUUAAUCAUGAGACUAAGGAUGAAAUACUUAAUAAUUCCUCGUAUGAACAUAUUGAUAAUAAGAAUUAUUAUGAUAAGACAGGAGAAGAUUACAAAAGUGAUAAGGAGAAUUAUUCAGCAACCCGAUUUAAUAAUAAAUUAAAAAAGGAAAAAUAUGAUGAAUAUGAUACAAAAAUGAAAAUAGAAAAAAGAGAAGAAGAAAACAAAAAUUAUGAAAAGGAUGAAAAUCAAAGUGAUAAUUAUGAUAAUGAAAAAAUAAAUAAAAAAAAUGAAUUGAUAUUAUUAAAAAAUGAAAUUCAAAACGAUUCGGAUGAUGCAUCUGAACAUAUAAAACGAGAUAGUGUAUCGUCUUGUCAAAAAAUUAGUGAAAAGAAAAGAAGAAUUAUAAAAGAUGAAUAUAAUUUAAGAAGAACAAAAAUAGCUAAAAGUAAACUAUCUAGCAACAACAGCAAUAGUGAUAAUAAUAGUGAUAAUAAUAGUGAUGAUAAUAAUAAUAAUAAUAAUAGUGAUGAUAAUAAUAAUAAUAAUAAUAAUAAUGUUAAUAAUAAUAGUGAUGAUAAUAAUAAUAGUGAUGAUAGUGAUGAUAUGUUAACGUGUAAUAUGGAUGAAAAACAUUUAACAAAAAUACCUCCUAUUAUUAAAGCAACAUUAAGAGAUUAUCAACAUGCAGGAUUACAUUGGUUAUUAUAUUUAUAUAAAAAUAAUAUUAAUGGUAUAUUAGCUGAUGAAAUGGGCUUAGGCAAAACAUUACAAUGUAUAUCUUUGUUAAGUUACUUAGCUUAUUAUUUAAAUAUAUGGGGUCCUCAUUUAGUAAUAGUACCAACAUCUAUAUUAAUAAAUUGGGAAAUUGAAUUAAAACGUUUUUGUCCUUGUUUUAAAAUAUUAUCUUAUUAUGGAAAUCAGAAUGAAAGAUAUAAGAAAAGAGUUGGAUGGUUUAAUAAAGAUUCUUUUCAUAUAUGUAUUUCUAGCUAUUCAACUGUUGUUAAAGAUCAUUUAGUUUUUAAACGGAAAAGAUGGAAAUAUAUAAUAUUAGAUGAAGCUCAUAAUAUAAAAAAUUUUAAUACAAAACGUUGGAAUAUUAUAUUAAGCUUAAAAAGAGAUAAUUGUUUAUUAAUUACAGGUACACCCUUACAAAAUAGUUUAGAAGAAUUAUGGUCUUUACUUCAUUUUCUUAUGCCAAAUAUAUUUACAUCCCAUUUAGAUUUUAAAGAAUGGUUUUCAGAUCCUUUAAAUCUAGCUAUAGAAAAAAGUAAAAUUCAUCAUUCCAAAGAAUUAAUUAAUAGAUUACAUACUGUUAUACGUCCAUAUAUUUUAAGAAGAUUAAAAAAAAAUGUAGAAAAAGAAAUGCCAAAUAAAUAUGAACAUAUUAUUAAAUGUAAAUUAACAAGAAGACAACAAAUUUUAUAUGAUGAAUUUAUAAAUAAUAAAAACGUACAAAAUACAUUAAAUACAGGGAAUUAUAUAGGAUUGAUGAAUAUUUUAAUUCAACUCAGAAAAGUAUGUAAUCAUUGUGAUUUAUUUACCAAUAAAUAUAUACAAACACCAUAUUUUUAUAUGUUAUCUAUUCGAUAUUUUAUACCUCGCUUUUUUAUCUUAUUUGAAAAAAAUUAUUAUGCAGAUUUUUAUUUAAUACUUUUUCUUCAUAAUGAAUUUACAUCUUUGGGGGGUCAAACAGUUAACAAACAAUCAAACACAUCUUCUACAUCAUUUGACCUUGCUCAUAUAUUAACAAAAAAUAACACUAAUGAUAUGUAUCAUCAUAAUCAUAUUUCUCAAUUGUAUGAUAAUAAUAAAAAUUAUAAUUAUCAUCCAAAUGAUCAUAUUAAUAAUAUGAAUAAUAAUCCAUCUGGAUUUACAAGAAAUUCUGAACACUUUUGUGAAAAUAUAUCAAAUGAAAGACAUAAUAGUUAUCAGAUGAUGGAUCAUCAAAAUAUGAAUAAUAUAUUCUCAAAAGAAUUCAUAAAUUCCUUUACAAAUCAUGAUAGGUCGAAUAAUAAUUUUUAUAAAUUUACUCACACGGCUAACAAUAAUGAGACACAAAUGGGUAUUUGUGAUAACAAACAAUGUGAUCAGAAUAGGUUUGGCGUAGAUACAUUGAGCAAUAUGAAUAGGAGUGAGAAUGAAGAAAAUAAGUCUUUGAAUGAUUUAAAGGAAUAUAACAAUAAUAAUAAUAUUAAUAGUAAUAUAUGUACAGGUGAUUAUCCAUCUGAUAUUAUUAAUCAUAGGAAUGCUUUUCUUUCCAUACUAAAACAGAUGAAUCCAAAUAACCCCCUUAACAGCGACAAUAAUAAUAAUAAUAAUAAUAAUAUGUAUCAUUUGAACAGAUGUAAUAGUCGUAAUAGUCGUAAUAGUCGUAAUAGUCGUAAUAGUGGAAAUAGUCGUUAUAGUCGUAAUAGCUCACUCUCUAAUAUUUUUUCAUCCAAUGCAAGUAGAAUGAAUUCAUUCCCAUUAGAUGUGCUAUACACGAAAAGUUUUAUGAAUCAAAAUGAUUUAGAUAAUAAUCCUUCUUCUGUUAACAUAAUUAUAGAAGAUGUUCAUAGUUAUCUUUAUAAUAAUAUAUAUAAAGAAUAUAUUCCUAAGAAUAUAUUAAGUUUUUCUGAUGAAUUUCUAACAGAAUUAAAUAAUAAUUAUGAUAUUCUUUCUUUAUAUAUUGAUCCAUAUAAUAGAUAUAAAAGUUAUAAUGAAUAUCUUUAUAAAAUGAAAGAAGAAGGAGGAACCUUAUCAUCAAAUCAACAAUCAUUAAGCGAUAUAGGUAAUAAACAUAUGUAUCAUAAAAAUAUAUCUAAUGAAAAUACACAUAUUAAAAAUAGGAAAAAAUUUAUAUACAAAUAUAAUAACAUGUUUAAAGUAAUUAAUAAUGAUACACAAUAUCAAAAUAUUUUUACGGAUGAAACAAAUAAUAAUAGUUAUUAUAAUUCUUUGGAACAUAAUUUAUGGAUUAAAAGAAAUCAAAUAGAUGAAAAAAAAAAAGAACAAGAAGAUGAAAAGAAUAAAUAUUAUAAUGUAUGUAUGAAUAAUUUGUAUAUAUUAAAAAAUGAAAGAAUCCCUAUCUUUGGUAAAAAUUUUCUAGAUCUAAUUAAGAAAGAAUUUACAAAAGAUAAAAGUAUUGUUUAUAAUUAUAUGAACAAUAUUCCUAUUGAUUAUUAUUCAUCUAUGAGGGAAGUAUCGGUUGAAGAUAUUUAUGAAAAAGAUAACAAAAAGAGAAAAUAUAUAAGAGAAAAGAGAUCAAACAAGAGGAUUAAAAAAAAAAAAAACAGUCAAGAAGAUGAUAGUGAUAUUGACAAUAAAAAUAGUAUUGACAUGGAAAUACAAAUAAAUGAUGAUGAACAAAACAAUAAUAAUGAUCAAGAACAAUAUUAUUAUGAUGAUGAACAAAAGAAUAAUAUUGAUGAAGAACAAUAUUAUUAUGAUGAUGAAGAUAUGAAUUCUAAUUUGUCAUCUAAUGUAUAUACAAAUGUUGAUAUGUCGUUACAAAAUUUUAUUCAUUCGAAAUAUGAUAAUCCAAUGAUGAACUUGUCUUAUGUUCUUGAGUCUUUAUUUCCUAAUAUGGAACAGUUUUUAAAAAAGAAUGAAAAGAUGAUACAUAAUUUUACUUUAAUAAAUAAUCCAUCAGUUAUAUGUAAAAGUCAUGAUAUAAGAAUAAAUAAUAAUUUAAUAAAUUAUAGCAAUGAUAAAAUGAAUCCAAUAAUUAUACAAAUAAAAAAUGCAACCAGAGUAUAUCAUGAUGCUUUUUUAAAACAAUCAAUUAUAUUUCCAUUAAAUAAAGAUAUAUCAUUAGGAAGUGGUAAAUUAUGUGCGUUAGAAAAAUUAUUAAGUAAAUGUAAAAGAGAAGGAAAUAAAUGUUUAUUAUUUACACAGUUUAUUAAAAUGUUAGAUAUAUUAGAAAUAUUUUUAAAUCAUUUAAAUUAUUCAUUUAUAAGAUUAGAUGGAUCAACAAAAGUAGAACAACGUCAAAAAAUUGUUACCAAAUUUAAUAAUGAUAAAUCAAUUUUUAUAUUUAUAUCUUCAACACGUAGUGGUAGUAUAGGUAUUAAUUUAACAGCAGCAAAUGUAGUAAUUUUUUAUGACACAGAUUGGAAUCCUUCAAUUGAUAAACAAGCUAUGGAUAGAUGUCACCGCAUUGGUCAAACAAAAGACGUACAUGUUUUUAGAUUUGUUUGUGAAUAUACUGUAGAAGAAAAUAUAUGGAAAAAACAAUUACAAAAAAGGAAAUUAGAUAAUAUUUGUAUAAAUAUGGGAAAUUUUAAUAACUCAAAUACACAUUCAAAAAUAACAGAUACAGAUCCUACAAAUAAUAAGGACUGGUUUACAAACGUUGAUACCAUCAAAGAAGUAUUCAUUAACAAAAAAAAUAAUGAUGAUGACGAUGAUAUGUAUAAAGAUAGAUUAUUACAUGAGCAGGUGGAAAACAAGGAUAAAAUGAAUGUCCGUUUUGAGAAAACAUUAGAACAUGUUGAGGAUAAGGAUGACAUACGUGCAUUAAAUGAGACUAAAAAGGAGACACAGAAUGAGAUAUCUCAAAAUAUGCAGGACUUUACUACUCGUAAUGACUUUCAAGACAGCUAUAACCUCACCUCGUACUGCUUUAAUUUCUUAAACGACAAUCUAACAGACUCUUUAAAACAACAAAUUGAUGAAAUGAGAAUGAAAAUAGAAAUUGAAAUGAUGAAUACUGGAGAUGAAAAUAUGUCCCUUAAUGACUCAUCAAAUUAA